AUGAAGGGCUGAUAUAAACAGGGUGUUUCAAUCAUUUAGAUACCUCUGACACCUAAAAGGUCCAUCUUUUAUUUCAGGUCAGUUUCCUCAGAAACUAUAACAAAUAUUUAGUGUAAUGAAUUUAAUCAGCUCAACAGUGGUGUAAUGUUCAGUACAAUAGCUGUGAGUGUCUGGGCUUUGGUUGUGUAAUCUGAACAGACUUUACAGGAGGGGGUUUUUGGCUCCAGGCUCGUCUUCCUGUUCCUGGUCUGAAGGAGACCGAGGUCUUUCAUAAGCAAAUAUAGCAGUUAUUGCUCUGAUCGUCUGAAUAUGAUGUUUACCGUUCUGCUCAUUUGCGGAGGACUCGUCGGGUUUUACCUGCUGCUGUGCGUGACGGUGUUGCACCUGCCAAAAUGUAAAAGUAUGGCCAAGCUGCACGGGAAGACCGUGAUCGUGACCGGAGCAAACACUGGCAUCGGCAAAGCCACCGCGCUGGAUCUGGCGAAAAGGGGAGCUCGAGUGAUUCUAGCCUGCAGGGACGAAAGCCGAGCUCGGGCUGCUGUCACAGACAUCCAAAGGGAAUCAGGAAACAAAGAGGUGUUGUAUAUGCACUUGGAUCUGGCCAGUCUGAAAUCUGUUAGGUCUUUCACUGAAAACUUUCUCAAGAAAGAAUCCAGAUUGGACAUUCUUAUCAACAAUGCAGGACUUGUAAUUGAUGGCAAAACUGAGGAUGGCUUUGGAAGGAUCUUUGGCGUCAAUCACCUCGGUCAUUUUCUGUUAACCAUCCUGCUGUUGGAAAGGUUAAAAGAGUGCGGCCCAAGCAGAGUUGUGACAGUCUCUUCAAUGGCCCAUUCCUGGGGAAAAAUUGAUUUUGACUGCAUCAACACUCAUAAAGAUUUGGGUUUAGGAAAUUCUGCAGUGGCCUUAUUAGGGACGUACAGUCACAGCAAACUCUGCAAUGUCCUGUUUACGCAUGAACUGGCCAAGAAACUCAAAGGCACAAAUGUCACCUGCUACAGUCUUCAUCCAGGGGCCAUCAAAACGGACAUUGGUCGCCACAGCAAUUUAUGGUGGCGGCUGUUCAUGGCACCAAUUUUGCUGCUUUUCUUUUCGGACGUGGAAUCUGGAGCUCAGACGUCUCUUUACUGUGCACUUCAAGAGGGUAUUGAACCCUUAAGUGGACGCUACUUCUCUAGCUGUGCGGUGCAGAAUGUUUCUGCUAAAGCCAGAGAUGAUGCAGUAGCCAAAAAGCUUUGGGAAGUCAGCGAGAGGCUUGUUGGUUUAGCGUGAAAUCAUCAGUUUCAUUACACCUGUAUGGAUUUGGACUAGCACAGUUUGCAUAUAGUGGCACCCGUGGGCAACUGUGUUAGAUAAAUCUGUGUUUCUGCAUAUUAUAAAUAGCCUGUGUCAGUAAAAUGUUGCCGUUCAUAACAUGCUCUGAACGCAAAAGGAGCUGUUAACUCUUCUAAUAAAAAUGAAACACAGAUUUGGACUAGCACAGUUUGCAUAUAGUGGCACCCGUGGGCAACUGUGUUAGAUAAAUCUGUGUUUCUGCAUAUUAUAAAUAGCCUGUGUCAGUAAAAUGUUGCCGUUCAUAACAUGCUCUGACCGCAAAAGGAGCUGUUAACUCUUCUGAUAAAAAUGUUCUUUGAUUGUUUUACAGAUAGCGUUUGUAUACACAUUUUGAAUGCAACACAAACCGCUCUGUAUAUGAUACGUUUUAAUUUCCUGAAGUUUACAAGGUUUCCACUGUAUAAAUAAUGUAUCUUUGUCAUGCCAAAGUAAAGACGUAACUCAAAGGGUGUGUCUGGGGACACCGAAGCCUUACUGAGCUGAAUGUGUCACCUCUCCCAGUUAGAAUAUGUAAGUGGUUUAAUAAAAAAACAAUAUGCAUCAUCACCUGCGAAUUGCAGGUGUCACAAAUACGUCAAUUAUGGCAUGUUCCUUCAGUUUUACCAAUAACUACUACAAAUUUAAUAUACAUUUUU